GAACAGGCAGCCCUGGGCCUGAUUUCACCAUGACCUACCGGUGCCUCCUCCAGAUGGUUCUCCUGCUGUGUCUCUCCACCACAGCUCUUUCCAGGAGCUUCAACUUGCUUCGAUUCCAACAAAGGCGGAGCUCUGUGGUGUGUCAGAACCUCCUGUGGCAGUUACCUUCAACUCCUCAACAUUGCCUCGAGUUCAGGAUGGACUUCCAGGUCCCCGAGGAGAUGAAGCAAGCACAGCAGUUCCGGAAGGAAGAUGCCGUAUUGGUCAUGUAUGAGAUGCUCCAGCACAUCUUCAAUAUUCUCACCAGAGACUUCUCCAGCACUGGCUGGUCUGACGCCAUCAUUGAGCACCUCCUUGUGGAACUCCAUGGGCAGAUGAAUCGUCUGGAGCCAAUCCAGAAGGAAAUAAUGCAGAAGCAAAACUCCACUAUGGGAGACACGACCGAUCUUCACCUGAGGAAAUAUUACUUCAACCUCGUGCAGUACCUCGAGUCCAAGGAGUACAACAGGUGUGCCUGGACAGUCGUUCGAGUGCAAAUCCUCAGGAACUUUUCUUUCCUGAGGAGACUAACAGGUUACCUCCGUGACUGA